AUGAAGUGCAUAUGCUUUCUACGACCGACACCGGAAACAUUGGACGCGCUGGCCGACGAGUUGCGUGAGCCGCGCUAUGGAGAAUACUAUCUUUAUUUCAGUACUAUUCUAAGUAAAGCAGCUAUUGAACGCUUGGCAGAAGCAGACGAGUACGAAGUCGUUCGGGAAGUCCAGGAAUACUUUGCAGACUAUGCGCCUCUCCUACCAUGUCUAUUCUCCCUCAAUCACGUAUCCACACCUACCGACUCGCUUUAUGGUGCAAGUCCAAAUACGUGGAACUCGCUCGCAUUUGAACGCUCCGUCCAAGGAGUACUAGCGGUCUUGCUUAGUCUGAAGAAGAAGCCGAUAAUCCGUUAUGAGCGCAUGAGUGGCAUGGCAAAAAAGCUUGGAGGAGAGAUUGUGCAUAGGAUUCAAAGCGAGCAAGCUCUGUUUGAUUUCCGACUUACACAAGUGCCGCCGUUACUGCUCAUACUGGACCGACGAAACGAUCCUGUCACACCUCUGCUCUCGCAGUGGACGUAUCAAGCCAUGGUGCACGAGUUGCUGGGGAUUAACAACGGUCGGGUGGACCUAUCCAAGGUCCCAGAGAUUAGACCAGAGCUCAAGGAUAUCACCUUGACUCUGCAAACGGACCCGUUCUUCUCACACAACCACCUCGCUACAUUUGGAGAUCUCGGAACCAAUCUCAAAUCAUAUGUGACUUCAUACCAAUCACGGUCCCUCUCGACGUCUUCGAUCAAUUCGAUUGCUGACAUGAAGCGGUUUGUCGAAGAGUACCCAGAAUUCCAAAAGCUGGGUGGGAAUGUUAGCAAGCACGUCGCACUUGUUGGAGAACUAAGUCGCAUUGUCGAGCGUGAUCACCUCAUGGCCGUGGGCGAAGUGGAACAGGGACUCGCGACUGGCAGUGGGGCAGACUUCAAGUCUGUUCAAGAGUUGAUACUAAACCCAGCAAUUCAACCGUACAACAAGCUUCGACUCGCCAUGCUCUAUGCGCUACGAUACCAGAAGCAGUCUGCUUCAAACAUUGCGACCCUGGUAUCUCUGUUAAAGGAGCAGGGAGUCUCUCCAUCGGACGCACAGCUGGUGUAUGCGGCCUUGAACAUGUCGGGGGCAGACCAACGGCAAGACGAUUUGUUCUCGUUGGAAAAUAUCCUGGCCAAAAGUCGAAGUGCUCUCAAAGGGUUAAAGGGCGUUGAGAAUGUCUACAUGCAACAUAGGCCACAUUUGUCAGAGACAUUGGAGAAUUUGCUCAAAGGCCGGCUAAAGGAGACAAGCUAUCCGUUUGUCGAGGGCCAGAAGGGCGUAGGUCCCAAUUUGGCACUGCAAAAACCCCAGGACGUGAUCAUCUUCAUGGUCGGCGGUGUGACUUAUGAAGAAGCACGCGUCGUUGCGCUGCUGAAUCAAGAGCUAGCGGGAAAUGGAACGGCGAUGAACCCUGGGACGCGGAUCUUGCUUGGUGGCACCUCGAUUCACAAUUCGAGCAGCUACCUCGCCAUGAUCCAGUCCGCGUUGACCAAUUUCCCGUCAUCCUUUACGCAACCACCCACAGAGGCCCCCGGGACGUCGACGCCUGGUGGAUCUGGGCCAUCACUUAAUGUGCAAUUGGGGGGAUUGAACCUCAGCGUGGGUGGGAUCGCUGGAACUGGACUGUACAGAUCUGCCAACGAGGGUGUAGGGAUCCAGGCGGAUGGACUCCGAGAUGGGAUGAAGAAUCUGUUUGGAAAGUGCGUCUCUUCUCCGGUGCAUCUGAUCAAUCCUAAACGAAUACAACCCAAAGUCGUCGGCGCAUUAUUGGGAACACAAAAUGGUCGAGAGGUCGAGAUUGUAAACACCUUUGAGCUCAAUGCAACUGUUCCAACCGAUGGAAGUGAGCCAAGGCUCGAUCAAGCAUUUCUUGUAUCGCGCAAGGACCAAUACAAACAGGUUUUUCCGUCUCUUGAACUGAUUGGCUUCUACACCGUUGCGCCUCAGCCGUCUCCUGUUCAUGUCGCCAUGAUCCAACAGUUUGCUCCUUAUACUCAAAACCCUCUUAUACUGCUUCUUCAACCGGGGCUCGCUGGAUCAACCGUAGCGCCCGGCCAACAACAGCAACAGCAAUUGCCCAUAUCAGUCUACGAGCCCAACAUUGGCUAUGGCUCGGCCAAGACUAUGUUGAUCAAAGUCGAGUACAAGGUGGAAACGGGAGAGGCGGAGCGAAUUGCAGUUGAUUGGAGCGCAAAGGGUGGCGAAGGCGGAGGAAGUUUGGUGGCACAUCUUCAAAGUCAACGAGCAGCUGUCCAGAUGCUUCACACCAGGAUCGAGGUCAUCAUCUCCUACGUCGAAGGCUUGAUCAAGCAGGACGACAAGGUGAAAUGGGACUAUCCAACUUUGCGAUCGAUCCAGGCCUUGAUUGCCAGUCUUCCUGCGAGCGAACACAAGACAUUCCGAGAAGAGUUUGACCAAGAGUAUGCGGACGUGCAGCUGACGGCCUAUCUCUCGACGUUAACCAAGACGGCAAACGUCAUGAACGAUAUUGUCGACAAGUACUCUUUGAUGACGCAUAGAGACGAGGACAGGCGUGGAGGCGGCCGAAUGGGUGGACGACGACCAGGCAGGAUGGGUGGCUUUGGCUUUGGUGGCGGCGGGUUUGGAAUGGACGCAUGGGAGCGUUUCGAGCGUUUUUGA